UAAAGCUCCCCUGAUGGGCAGUUGAUGUAACCGAGGAUCUCAUUAUCCGUAGAAAUAAUGCAGUUUCAUUAUACGGCCAAAGAAAGUUUUCGAUCGCGACGCUUUUCCCUUUCUCACGCUCACUUCGUGAAGAGUAAACAGUGGAAACCGACGAUACAUGAAAAUGUGUACAGGGCCCUCUUUUUUUAUAUCAAUACACACGAUCAUUCGUUCCGAAUCGAUGACUGCGUAGAACACAUAGCCGCGGCGUCUCGGAAUAUAACGAAGCGAAAAAAAACGAGAGUCCAGUUGAUCGAAAGAAUAAGAGGAUCGUCGAAAUUCCUCUGUAUCACGGGUGUGCGCGCAUAGCGGCGAAUAAAAAACCUGUCUGGUCCAAAUCUAAUGAAAUCCUCACGGAUACAUAGGCGCUCGCUUGCAUGUGUGACUGUAUUUCGGGGCCGGCGGCCUCUCUUUAUACGCAUAUAUAAAAUAAAAUUCGAGUCCCGCCGAUGAAUAAUGAAUGAUGGCGAAGAAUGCGCGCGCGAGUGAACGCGUCGGCGUUUACUCACUCUGGUCACUCGCAUAUCCUGAUUACUAAUUCCUCGGCGGGGACCGCGCGCGAGUACCUAUCAGAGAGCCGGGGCCCCACUCGCACGCGGACUACUUCCCCGGCGCAUACUGACACCAAAUCCCAUAUUCCGGCCCCGCGCGCACGAUCGAUGCUUCACUUUCAGGCUUCAUCUUCUUCCCUUUUUGUUUCGAGAGCAAACUGUACUUGUGUGUACAGCCGUGCUUUUGAAGCCUCCCACUUAGCGGAAGGCUGUUUAGUCCUUUUUCUCGGCGCCGCGUAUAUGUAUGUGUAUUAUACUCGUGGUUUCUCUCGAGAUCCACGCAUACUCGCGGCUGUCGAUCCCGCGCAUGCCAAUUAUGCUAAUGCGAGCGUAUACGCGUGUGUGCGUGGAGUAACGGUAGAGCCGGGCGUAGUCGAACUCACUGCUUGUACAAAUACAAAUACACUGUCAAUCGCUCGCUCAUACUGAUAUAGCUGUAUAAGCAGGCGCUCUGUCGUCGACGACGACGACGAUGCUCAACUCGAUUCGAUGAUGUUUCAACGAGAGAGAAAAAGCGAAAAUAGACUUUUUGUUGCUGGGAUGCUCGACGAUGAUGUGCGUUCAUUCAUCGAAAAUUGAGUUUUUUAGAAGGAAGCGCGAUGGUUCUGAUUGAUGUACGAGGCGGUGAUGAGGCAGAUAAGGAUCCGGCUCGGUACUUUCACCGAUUUAACAUAUCCACAGUCGAUAAAAGUAAGAAGGUAUACUAAAUGUGGAUUCGGCACAUACAAACAUUAUCGACAAUUAGGGUUAAUCAGUCCAGCCGCGUACGUACAAGGAAUAACAAGCGCAUCGCAGUCGAGCCAGAACGACGAGAUAAAAGAGAUUCCAUAUUCAUUGGCCAACUUCCUCGGCAGAAACGUGUCGAAGAUAAAAACUCCCGCACUCGUCGCGAACAAUGCGCUAACAAGUGAAAAACCGCGUGUGUACGGCUCUCUCCACGUGGCCCAGGUUGGAGAGUCUACAAUACGAUCGGCCUAAGGCCCUCCGGAGGAACGCACGGAGCACCUGCGCGCGCGAGCGAGUCCGAAGGAGAGCGGAAGAGAAGAAGCACGCGAGAAGAGAGGUGGUGGUCGCCGGUAUAAAAGACUGAUCGGCCGGCGCUUCGUCUUCGUUUCACACUCUCGCCUCGCCAAGGAAGGUCCCGAGACGAGACUCCCUCUCUCUCUCUCUCUAUUUCUCUCCGUCGAGGAUUGUGCGCAUUACCCCUUCGCAUCCUUUUACCAAUAAAGGAGAGACAUGAAGUUGGUGGUGGUGCUGGCACUCUUGUGCUGCCUGGCGAUGGGCGCCCUGGCGACGCCGCUGCCCAAGACGAGCAAAGUCCAGUCGGCCCAGCAAUCGAGGCAAGCCGCCCCCGCGGCUGCCGCACCUGCCGCCAGUUCCGACGACGACGACGAUGAUGACGACGAUGAUGACGACGUCGACCUCGACAUCACCGGAGAGGACGACGACGACGACGAUGAUGAGGAUGAUGACGACGAAGAUGACGACUACCUCGAGAGGUUCAUCGACGAGGUUCUCGGAGGCGAGGACGACGACGACGACGAUGAGACGAACGCCGUUGAGCCCGCCGCCAGUGCCGCAGUCUCGGCCGUCCAGCCAGUCUCCGCUUCCGCCAACUCGCCCGUAAUCCCACCGAACGUGCAGGCCGAUCUGAACGAGGAUUCGCUGGGCAACGCCGCGGCUACCGUCAGCGACGUUGACAGCUCGGCAGCCGAGGACGCGGCCUCCUACGAAGAGGACGACCUUCCCGAGGGCCAGGCCGCCGGAACAGUCGCCGACGCGACGAUCGAAGGUGCCGAGUCGGUCUCCAGUCCCGUGCUCGUGCAGCAGGUCUCGAACGCCGUCCCAGCGGCCGGCGCUGCCAGCUCCGACGACGACGACGACGAUGACGAUGACGAUGACGACGACGACGACGACGAAGACGUCGAUCUCGACAUCACCGGUGACGACGACGACGACGACGAGGACGACGACGCCGCCGACGAGGAGGAGGAGGAGGAGGACGACGACGACGACGACGAGAUCGAGGGACUCGCCGAUAUCGCGUCCGCGAGACGCGCCGCACGAGCAAUGGUGAGCGCGCCGAACGACGUCUCGGCCAUCUACGUGGCCAAGUACAACCGUUUCGUCGACACUAUUCUCGGACGCAUCAACCGGAUUCUCAAGGACAAGUACGACCCCGUGACGGUGAAGCUGGUCAACCCGACGACCACCAACAAGAACAAGAACAAGACCACCUCGAGCAAGAAGAGCUCGAGCAAGAAGAGCAAGAGGAGGAAGAGCAGCAAGAGCAAGAGCAAGCACGCCAGGACGACCCCCCAGAUGGCCAUGGCGCCGAGAAACGAGGACGGGAUCCAGGAGCCAGCCGUGAACGUCAGCAGCAGCACCGAGCCCAUGUUUACCGAGGAGCCGAAAGUUGGAGUGACGACUCUGAGCCCACCGCCGCAAACCGAGGCUUCGCCGACGUCCAUCGCCCCCGAGUUGGCCACGAGAUUGGUGUCAAACGAAGUUUCCGCUACGUCGAGCAAUCGCGGCUCCGGCACCAGCACCAGCUCCAAAAGGAAGAAAAACAAGACCAGGGCGCCGACAAAGACCGGAACGAAAACCAGGAAGCCCGCCGCAUCGACUAACAAGGUGAAGGCGCAGGCAACGACUGCGGCGCCGGUUAAGAAGCCGCGCUCCAAGGCGAAGGCUACCCUCUACGGUCUCUCGUCGCUGAAGCGCUCGGGCGACGUGUCGGUCAACAUGAUGAGCGACCACACGACCAUUAGGACCAAAUUCAAUCUGGGUCCGCUGGUACUCAAGGUCGAGAAGGAAUUCGGCAGAUCCACGAGGAAGGAAGUGCGUAGCGCUACCGCUACCACCGCGGAGAUGUCUGGUAGACUCAGUCUGAGAGUCUAUCACGGCGGAGCUGCCACUCUGCACUCCAUCCGAGUUCUCCAGCCGAAGCAGAUGCGCAUAGAGAGCGCCGACGACCACGACAGGACGCGCGAGUUCGUCUGGAAGCGCUCGUCGCACAUCGCUCACCUGGUCUCGCAGAAGCUGUCCUCGGCAACACGCUCGAUGCUCCGGCCACCUCCCGGUGGCUUCGCCGUCAGUCCAGCCGCUUGAGCUUUUUCGCAAGCUCUCCCUGACGACUCAUCAUCCACCGUAUCAUUGCCAUUUUUUCCGUUUUUGAUUAUAUACGCUUCGACAGCGAGCAUUGCUCCGCGGACAUAACGCGAGAUGUCUUACCUCACUACGCGACGUAAAUCCGGAUCGGUGUGCGAGAAUUAUUUUCGAAUCGUCGAUCCGCUACAGUAUACCGACUCAUACCUGCAUUAUUACUUUUAUUUAUUGCCGCCUGGCUGGCGUUUAAUACUCUAAUCGAUGAAUUAUUUAUUUAUUUAUUUAUAAUAUAUUUAUACGACUAAUUCUUAGUGGACGUUCAAUUUUUAAUAAAAGGCUGAUAGCUUAUGUUUUGAACGCAGGACUAGAAAAGGUGCUCUGGCAAGGGGUUCAAUGUGAUUUUUAAUUUUUUUUCUCACUCGCAAAAUGAAGUAUAAUAUGUACGAAACUUUGCUGAGAGUGACAUUCCGUGACUGUUCGUUCAAAUUUUUGGGUGCUCAGCGCGUAAGUCUAUCACAGUACACGUAGAAUAACUGUAGCGAAUAUUUCGCAUCGGGAGUGAUCUUUUUGUACUUUGUAAAUAAAUGUAAGGAGAAAUAUUGAAAAUAAAGAUGAUAAAAAUGAAAA